UAAGAUUAUUCUCUCUACUUUUUCUCAGCUAUUAAUAUUCUUUAUGUCCAUAAAUUUGGGUAUCCCCUGCUUUGUGGAAUCCCCUUUUCUCCUUUCCCUUCUCCCUGAAUACAGUUCAACUAAUGUACAAAAAGGAGGAAUUAAAUAAGAUUACAAGAGGUACCUUUUAUUCAGUUAGGUCCCCUGCAUGUGCUCUGCCAUCGCAGAGUUAGCUUCUUUUUUUGUGUGUGUAAUAAUCGUAGCGCCCACAAUUUUGCAAACUCAUAUUCUCCUGUGAUUGUAAUUUGAUUCUCCUCGUUUUCAUGAUAUAAAAGCUUGGUGGCUGGUUUCUCCUUACUGCUCAUAAGCAGGGCUCAUCAGCAGAGACAAUGGGUGAAGAAGCUAAACAAAAGCCCUCUAAAGAAGACCUGAAAAUAGAGGUAAAGAAAGAAGAGAACAUAGAGGAGAAAGAAGAAUCAAAACCAUCUUCUUCUUUCAUGUUGUACAUAGACUUGCAUUGUUUAGGAUGUGCCAAGAAGAUUGAGAGGUCCAUUUCAAAGAUUAGAGGAGUUGAGAGAGUGAUGAUAGAUAUGGGGCAAAACCAAGUGACAAUAAAGGGAAUGAUCGAACCACAAGCAGUGUGCGAGAGGAUUGUUAAGAAAACAAAUAGAGUUGCAAAAGUACUAUCGCCCCUGCCUGAAGCUGAGGGUGAACCUCUACCUGAACUUGUUGCUUCACGGGUUAGUGAAUUGAGGACAAUUGAGCUCACUGUCAACAUGCAUUGUGAGGCCUGUGCCCAGCAACUGAAAAGAACAAUUCUAAAAAUGAGAGGGGUGAGCACGGUGGAAACAGAUCUGAGCUUAGGGAAAGUAAUAGUAAAAGGAAGCAUGGACGCCAACAAGCUCGUUGACUAUGUAUACAGGCGAACGAAAAAACAGGCCAAAAUUGGCCGUCAACCUGAAACCCAGAAGCAUACGGAAGAACCAAAGAUUGAAGAUCCAGAUCCAAAUCCAGAUGAAGAAGCUAAGAAACAAGACGAAGAAGAAAAGAAAGAAGGUGGCCACGAUAGUAGUAAGGCAUCGGAAGGAGAAGAAAUCAUCAAUAAGCUGAUGUAUUAUUGCCAGCCACUAUAUGUCACUGAAAGAAUCCCGCCUCCUUAUCUCUUCUCCGAUGAAAAUCCUAAUGCAUGUUGCAUAACGUAACCAAUAAUAACAGUUACGUGAAAGAUCAUCUUCUUCUACAUUAAUUGUAAGUGGUCAUAGAAGACCAUUUUCUCUGAGUUUUGAUAUAUCUUGGGAUGAGACUACCACAUGAGAUGUUUGGUGGAUGACCAACUCCUAUGUUUCUUUGCAUUUUGUAUCAGACAAGCAAUUUCAUCUUUCCCA